AUGGCGUAUCUGUGGUUUUACACUCUUGGUCGUGUGGCUGAUGGGGAGGGGCAGCUCACUCUUGCUGCCCAGCAUUGCAGACUGUUCUACCACUUACUACUGAUGCAUGGCAAUCAGGAGUUAUUUCCCUGUGAAGUCUGCGGAAGACGCUUUGCAGCAGAUGUUCUGAAGAGGCAUGGACCAAUAUGUAAAAAACUCUUCAACAAAAAGCGUAAACCUUUCAGUUCCUUGAAGCAGAGAUUGCAAGGCACUGACAUUGCUUCUGUGAGGAAGGCUCCUCAGAUCAAGUCUCAACCUGUGAGGAAAUCUAACUGGAGACAGCAACAUGAAGACUUCCUUAAUGCAAUUCGGUCAGCAAAGCAGUGUGCGCUGGCCAUUAAAGAGGGCCGACCCCUUCCCCCCCCACCCCCUCCAUCCAUGAACCCAGAUUAUAUUCAGUGCCCAUAUUGUAUGAGGAGAUUUAAUGAAACGGCAGCCCAGCGACAUAUUAAUUUCUGCAAGGAUCAGUCUUCUCGCCGAGUCUUUGAUCCAGCCCAGACAGCAGCUAAAUUGGCAUCCAGAGCCCAGGGUAAGGCGCAGAUGGGUCCCCAAAAAGAUCCAACUUUUACCAGUGCCGUGGGAACUUUGCUGCAGAACAGAGCCCUGGAGAUCACGAAUGGGGGCCCAACCAAGUCAGGAUUAGCUAUGGACCCUGCUUCUGGAGCAAAACCCAGACAAGGAUUUAGUAAAUCUUCUAAAAAAGAUUAA